CCUGCUCUUCUCGAAAUACCUCUCCACCUUUUGUUCUGGAAUAUUCUAUCGCUCAUCCGGUCACCUGGGCAACAGGAACCCCCUGAACUGGUUUGGAAUCUUUAAAGAGGAAAGAGUGCAUCAUCUUGAUCUGAGAGGGUUUGUCCGCAUGUGAACGGGAGGGGUUUGCGGCAUUUGUAAGGUGUCGGAAGGCAGGCUGGUCUCCGUCGAGGGAAGGAUGGUUUUGCCAGCUUGUCCUGUAGCUGUUCUUACAGUGUGUGUCUCCCUGGCAACCUCACCCGCCCUUCUCGCGUCAUGAGCCGGGCCAAGCGCAUCUCCUGCUACAUGCUCAACUGCUUCGGUGAGGAGGGACCUCCUAGUCUGGAGUAUAUCCAGGCCAGGGAUCUGUUUCCCCAGAAAGAUCUAGUCAAAGAAGACGACAGUCUACAGGUUCCAUUCCCCAUCCUUCAGGGCGAGUGGGUGGAGUUUUUGGGUCAUGCAGACGAUGCCAUCAUUGCGAUCUCCAACUAUAGACUCCACAUCAAGUUCAAAGACUCCAUCAUCAACAUGUAUCCUGGUGUGGACAGUGAAAUAUCUGUUCCUCUCAGGCUUAUAGAGAGUGUGGAGAGCAGAGAGAUGUUUCAACUACACAUCAUCUGCAAAGACUCCAAAGUAGUGAGGUGUCAUUUCUCAACGUUCAAGCAGUGCGAGGAGUGGCUGAAGCGUUUGAACAGAGCGAUCGCACAUCCGGCCCGUCUCGAGGAUCUGUUCGCCCUCGCGUAUCACGCCUGGUGUUUAGGAGGGAACACGGAUGAUGAAGAUCAACACCUGCACCUCUGCAGACCAGGUGAGCAUGUGCGUCACAGGAUGGAGGUGGAGUUGAAUCGGAUGGGAUUUGACAUGCAGAAUGCCUGGAGAGUGUCUGAUAUCAACAACAACUACAAAUUGUGUUCCAGUUACCCUCAAAAACUGCUGGUGCCCGUUUGGAUCACAGAUAAAGAGCUGGAGAGCGUGGCUUCCUUCAGGUCCUGGAAGAGAAUUCCUGUGGUGGUGUACAGACACCAGCGUAACGGUGCGGUGAUCGCACGCUGCAGUCAGCCUGAGAUCAGCUGGUGGGGCUGGAGAAACACAGAGGACGAGUAUCUUGUGACGUCUAUAGCGAAGGCGUGUCAGCUUGACCCGGGCCCACGGGCCUGCAGAACCAGAGGAGAUGGACCGGACUCGUCCGAUAGUGACUUCGACUCGUCUCUUACGGCUUGUCCCGUUCCAGACUCCAGCACUGCGGUCCAGAAGUUGUUGAUUCUUGAUGCACGCUCGUAUACCGCUGCUGUGGCAAACCGUGCCAAGGGAGGAGGCUGCGAGUGUGAAGAGUACUAUCCUAACUGUGAGGUGAUGUUUAUGGGCAUGGCCAACAUCCAUUCCAUCAGAAACAGCUUUCAGUCGCUCCGAGCGGUUUGCAGUCAGAUUCCAGAUCCUGGCAACUGGCUCUCGGCUUUGGAAAGCACCCGUUGGCUCCAGCACCUGUCCGUCAUGUUGAAAGCGGCCACUCUGGUUUGCUCUGCAGUGGAGAGGGAUGGGCGACCCGUCUUGGUUCAUUGUUCUGACGGCUGGGAUCGCACGCCUCAGAUUGUGGCCCUCUCAAAGAUCCUUUUGGAUCCCUUCUACAGAACCAUAGAGGGUUUUCAGGUGCUGGUCGAGACAGAAUGGUUGGAUUAUGGUCAUAAGUUUGCAGAUCGCUGUGGUCAUCAGGAGAAUGGAGAUGAUGUCAGUGAACAAUGUCCAGUGUUCCUGCAGUGGUUGGACUGUGUGCAUCAGCUGUUGAAGCAGUUUCCCUGCCUGUUUGAAUUCAACGAAGCCUUUCUGGUGAAACUGGUUCAGCACACAUACUCGUGUCUGUAUGGCACUUUCCUCUGUAAUAACGCUAAAGAACGAGAAGCACGUAACGUAUAUAAACGCACCUGCUCUGUCUGGUCCCUCCUGCGCACCGGCAACAAGAACUUCCAGAACUUUCUCUACAUCCCCUGCCAUGAUAUGGUUUUGCAGCCGGUAUGUCACACACGUGCUCUGCAGUUGUGGACGGCCAUUUAUCUGCCAACGUCUUCUCCGUGCACAGCGGCCGAAGACGCCAUGGAGAUCUACCUGAGCCCAUCAGCGCAGGGAGAAGAAUUCACGGCACGCUCUCUCGACAGGCUCCCGAAGACACGGUCAAUGGACAACUUGUUGUCCGCUUGUGAGAAUGGAGUGACGCUCACUCGCACCUCAAGUGACCCCAACCUUAACAAGCACUGCCAGGAGGGGCGCACAGCCCUGGAAUCCAAUCAACCAAUGAGCAUCCAGAGUGGCGGUUUUUCCGAAACACCAGAGGAUGAACCAGUCCCUGGGUUGGUCAAUGAUGAUCAGGAGAUGGCAACAUGCACGGAAAUUAGUGUUUUAGCAUUGUGUGAGCCACAUGAGGAACUAAGGGUGGAGCCUUGUUUGACUACACAGCCGCUGCCAUAUUUGCCCCACCCCUUAGCAUUAGAUCAGGCUCCACCCCUUCCUGUUUUAAAUCAAGCCUUGGCUCAAAUCUCAAGUUGUCCACUCCCACCGUUACCACAGGAAGUGCAAGCCAGGACUGCUGAAAUAACUUCCUUCAACACUACAACAAAUCCACCUCCUGUAUGUAACGUCUUUGCAUACGACGAGAACGGAUCUGUGAAAUCGGAGUCGCCUCCUUUGGCAGAGCUCUUCCAACAGUUACCUCCUCUCGCACCAAUGGAAGCUUCCGUAGAAACCCUAACGGAGCAAAGCGACAUCCCUCCAGCUCGGAAAACCAUUUCUGUCGAAUCACAAAGCCCACUGGAAGCAAAGCAGACCGAGGGUGUACUAAAUGGCGAACUUCCUAUAAGAGAACGAGCGAUGGCUGCCAUGCCUCCUGCCGACUACGCCAAAGUGGCACGACACCUGAUAUCCCAGAGCCAGUUGACCAAUCUCUCCCUGCUCGGCUCCCAAUGGGACAGCGUACAAGGCCUCGUCCAGUCGGCCUGCGGUGGCGCCAUCCAACACGGCAGCUAUCACGGUCGUCGCUUGGCUAACAAGCUCCUCCAUACCCAUGGAGGAAGCACCAACGGCGGGCCGUGCUGUCGUCGAGACCCUCUGCGCGCUCCUGGAAGUCCGGUGCAGUCUGGCUGGUUCUCAGCGGUGAAAAACUCAAGCUAUGCUGCCCUGUGUUCGUCAGCUGCCACUUCGUUAGUUAUGGGACCGUCUUUCCGGCAGCUUCUACCGCCCCAUUCCUCGUCAUCCUCAGAUGGGUCGCCGGCUCUGUCUCAGACACCCGCAUACCUUGAUGAUGAUGGUUUGCCAGUCGCAUUGGACGCUGUGCAGCAGCGACUGCGACAGAUUGAAGCGAGUUAUAAACAAGAAGUUGAGGUGUUGAGACGACAGGUCAGACAGCUUCAGUUGAAAUUGGAAAGUAAACAGUUCUGCGCGACGCCCUCCGAGCCAGAUGUCGACUAUGAAGAUGAUAUUACGUGCUUGCGUGAAUCAGACGGCAGUGAUGAAGAAGACUCGCUGUCCAAUCACAGUGAAGAUCGUUUCAGCGAGGGCAGCUGGGACCGUGUGGAGAGGAAGGACACAGAGGUCACCAGAUGGGUUCCCGAUCACAUGGCUUCACACUGUUUCAACUGCGACUGUGAGUUCUGGAUUGUCAAGAGACGCCAUCACUGCAGGAACUGUGGUAAUGUGUUUUGUAAAGACUGCUGCCACCUGAAGCUUCCCAUUCCAGACCAGCAGCUGUACGACCCAGUGCUGGUGUGUAACACCUGUUACGACCUUCUACUGGAGGCACGUACACGAGAGCUGCGCUCGCAACAGCUCAAGAAACCCAUCGCCACGGCAUCCAGCUGAGACAGCCAAUCAGAGCUCACCCCGCGGGCCAUAAGGGCAGGGGUGUCCGUACAGAUGCCUGUUAUUUAGCGGAAGAGCCACUCUCUGCUUAUAGAGACGAGGUGAUUUUGAGUCCAGGACUGAGAAAGACUGAUCUACACAAGAGCAAUGAAGGGGCAUUUUUAUCAGUGGAUGUGAACUCAUCGAAAGCAUUUCUGGUUCUGCUGGUAAAUAAGUAGACCCUUGGGUUCUGAUGCCCAGAGAGGCAUUUCUUCAUCUCAGAAUCACCCCAUGCCACCCACACUCAAAGGACAAUCGCCUCCCCUUAAAAUCCGUGACUCCAAAUCCCUGUACUUGUCCAACAAGAGGCUCACUAUUUAAAAUGAAAAAAGCUGCUACAGUAUUUAAAAAUGAAAUUAUUCUACUUUUGUAUCCUUCAUUUUGUGCACUAUGGAGAGGAUUUGAGACCAAAAUGGAAAGAUUUGCAGUUGUUUACUUGCUGUUGUCUGUUGAUACGCAGCUGUACGAAGCUUGAAUGUACAAUGGGGUUUCUUUCUUCCUGAAACUGGAGGUGCAAAAGGGUUGAGUUAUUGAAAAAAUGCGCUUAAGCUGCCAGUUUGCAUUGAUUUGAUUGCAAUGUUUUGUUAUGGUUAACGGAGCAGUGCACAGAACAUUAUAUUGGGGGUUUUCCUUUCCUCUGAAUCGGCUAAUCGACCGCUUUUAGCAUCCCAAAACCCUUCAGAACGGUGCUUUAGCAAAACUCUGAAAUUAUAUUCGCACUCCUAAUUUGAUGCAAUGUGAAAAAAAAAAAUCUUUCAAUGCCAAAAUCAAAUAAAAACUCCAAAAUGUAUCACUUUGAUAAUAUAAAAGUCAAUCCAGGAGAUUUUUUUAUGUUCAACUGGUUUGUUGUGCGUUAUAAAAACAAACGGAACAUUUAUGCACACUUAGUGUGUUCGUCACGUAUGUUAAAUAAAACUAUGGCCGUGUUGCAGUGCUAAGUCUGUCAGAAAUGUCAGAAACUUUUGUCAGAAUUACUAGUGUACUAGUUUCUUUUAUAUAACUUCACAAUUGAACAAACCAAUAACAGUCAUUUUACUUUACAAUAAUUAAUCAUACUAAUUCAAACAUGAAUCAUUGUAAACUGGUGGUGAUUUGAAUGACAUGUAUUUGAGGGUUUCACUGGUUAGUCUCUAGUAAUGGUCGGUCUUGUCUACUCACGUUCUCGAAAUGUGUCUUGUGAGCAUUACACAAUGGCAUUACAAGUUCAAAAUAAUUGCUAUGAGUUUUAUUUUUUUCUGUUAAUGUUGUCUGUGUUUUUCUGUCAGACCUGGAUCCCUAAAAUGACUGUGUUAAAUGGUGAACCUCAAACAGUCCCAUUUUUGGUACAAUAGCUAGAUGCUUUAACAACGAAAAAAUGAUUGGUUGAGAAUCAAUUCGGUUUCUGUUGGGAUACAACAGGACAUAGGAAUAAACACUGAGAACUAGAGGAACCGGUUUGGUUCUACCUUGCCUGAUGGUUUAAUUUUUUUCCAUGGUGUUGAUGAAGGACACUUCUUGAUUCGCAAUAGUAAAAAGGAACCCAGAAAUGUAAUGUAUAGUUAUUUGGUCUGUAAUAGUGGCUCAGAUUUGUCACUCGGUGAAUAAAUGUUGUAAAGAAAUGUACUGUACAAGUUCAAUCUCAUGGGUAAAAUAAAGAUCAGUCUUUAUCAGCGAUCUGUCUCCUGUUGUUCAUCUGUGCUCUUUUCAGAAUUUGUUCUGUAUUUUCUAUGGAGUUUGUAUCUAAAAUGAAGUUUUAUUAAUUUGGUAGCCGUUUUAAAUUCUGUCUUCUGCAGUGGAUUUUUAUCCAUUUAAUAAAUGCAAAAGUGUAUAACCGUUUCUUCUAAACCUGCAUUAUAUGUAGUCAUUGGUGCUGAAAUACACAAUACAAUCAAGAGAAAUUCUGAUCAUGUCAAAAGGUGAAAAUAAUUUGCAAACACCAUCUUUAAUAAUAUUAAUAAAUGAUUGAUCAAUGCUCAAUUAUAGGUAAGCGGGCAUUAGUCAGUGGCAGCAAUGUCAGAGAACUUAUUCUGGUUUAAAUGAAAACUCAUGCCAUCCCGGAUGUGUGCGACUUACUUUCUUAUGCAGAACACAAUGAAGAUUUUUAGUAGAAUAUCUCAGCUCUGUAGGUCCAUACAAUGCAAGUGAAUGGUGACUAGAAAUAUGAAGCUCCAAAAAGCAUAU